UCAUUCGUUGGUUUAAACAUGUCCCGAUACAUCCAUUUUCAGGAUGUGCGUUCCCUCUACAUGGUGAUGGAGUAUGUACCCGGUGGAACUUUAGUCUGUUGGAUGGAUGAGGCAGAGUUAAUCUCCGAGACAGUGUGUCGUUUCUACGCGGCGGAGAUAACGCAAGCGCUCGGCGAUCUCCACGCCAUGGGUUUUAUCCAUCGCGACAUCAAGCCAGACAACAUGCUACUUGAUAUGAGUGGCCAUAUUAAGCUGGCUGACUUUGGAACCUGUGUUCGGGUUGAUCCUCAUACGCAGCGAGUUCGCUGUGAAAGUGCCGUAGGAACACCGGAUUACAUUAGUCCAGAAGUGCUUUACUCGCAGGUAAUGAAAGGGCCUUUUUCUCGCAAUAUUCAAGCUGGCGGUGGAAAAGGCAUCCCUGCGCUUGGUGAUUCUCACGAACCUCUCCCAAUCAGUUCUGGAGGCGGUGAGUACGGUUUCGCUGUGGAUUGGUGGGCUCUGGGUGUUUUAGUCUACGAGAUGAUUUGUGGUGAGACACCCUUCUAUUCCGAUGAUCUGGUGACAACCUACUCCAAAAUUAUGAGUCACACAACCAGUCUUCACUUGCCCAAGGACAUAGCCAUCACGCCGUCCUGCCUGGAUUUUAUCAAGCGUCUUCUCUCAUCGGAGGAUGUCCGCCUUGGCAGUGGACCAGGCGGAGCAGAGGAGGUGCGCAACCAUCCAUGGUUUGCUCCGACAUGGCCUACUGCUGAAUGUCUUCCUGCUCGUGUUAAUGAGCAUGGUGAUGAGGCCUUCUUUGAUUGGACUUGGAAGACUUUACGCUCUAUCUCUCCGGGCCCUUUUCAUCCUAAUUUGGCUUCGGAGACUGAUACCAGCUACUUUCGGGAGGACAUACUUCAAUCCGAACAUGAAGAAUUGGAGGAAUCGACGUCGGUGGGGACGGGAGAAGUAGAGGCUGGACAAAAUGGGGGUGGUGACUGUGACACUUUUAACGGUAGUCAGCUGAGCUUUGCUGGAUUUACGUUUUCCUCACCAAAGCUGGCUCCGUUGUCCGGUAUUUACCUAGCACCUCCUCAGUCUUUGGUUCAUGAAGUCUCUUCAUAUGAGGAGGCACAAAGGAUGGACGAGGAAGCAAAGAAUGGACGGGAGUCUAGUCUGCAGGCACAGCGGAUCCAUGAAUUGGAGGAGGCACUUACCCAGGCGGAGUUACAAUUAGCCAGCGCAGAAGCUCGGUUCGGUGAAAGCCUCAGUGACGCUGAACGCAGGAUUGAGGUACUCAAAUUGGAGCAUGCCUCUGCUGUGCAUCAGAUGGAGACUGAGGUUUCGAAGCUGAAGGCCAUAGCUGAAUCGGAGCGCAAGGCGAGGCAGAGUGCCGAAGCACAAAAAGCCAAGGCGGUUGAUUUGCUUGCGAAGCGCGCUACCGAUAUGGCGGAUCGUUUGACCGCUGGCGUGGGUCAGUCAGCUGGAGCCCCGCCCCAACGUCGUCAGGCUUCUCUGCCCGUUGAAAUGCCUUCCACUGCUGAUUUAAGUAGUGGAGAGGGAGAUGCUGUCGCAACUGCCUCAAUGCCUGAAACAGCUGCUUUCACCGCCACCAAAUCUGCUCCCGAAGGUGAUGCUGCUUCAAUUUUGGAUGCUACUUCCGCGAACGUUGGUGGUGCUGAUGUUACCACCUCUGCGGCCACAGAGCUACUCUUGAAGCGAAUUCAGGAGCUAGUGGAUCGGGCUCAACAGGCAGAAGAACAAUUGCUGAUUGAGCGAAGAUUUGCAGAACUAUACAAAAAAGCCUGUGAGGAGAAGGAGGAUCAACUGGCUGAGAGGCGGGGUAUUAAGGUAGAGUUGGGUUGA